GUUACCGCCUGCUUCAAACGUUUUUGUUCAGAUGUGCUGUCUGGGCUUACCGUAGAAGCGUGUUGAUGAGGGUUGUACGGUUUCUCAACAUGAUCUUCUAACGAUCAGUUAACUUUAUACAGACACAGACGUUCACCUCUAAGUGUUUUCAACUGGUGUUAUGGCCACCACUACUACUGCUCCGAAUGUUAACUUCAUUUCCAUGAUUGGCUUUUGGAUUAUGAUUUUGUCUUCGAGUGUGUGCGGAACUUUUGUUUUACCUGAAUUCCAAUCGGUUCCUGAAUCAGUUGUUUAUUAUGCGACAAAUGAUCCUAUCAACAAGAUUUUGAAGAUUUGUUGUGAUAUUUGGCCGAAAUGGCCUAUAGGAAGUUUAGCCUAUUAUUCAACGUAUCAUUUUCAUCAAUUAUCUGAUAAUACUUCUAAUCAACCAUUCACAACAACAACAGAUAAGAUUGUUCAUCAGAGAACUAUUUAUCAUGUGCCUUCUAAUUUUACAUGUGAUCUCCAUUUAUUCAAUCAUAAUAAUAAUAAUAAUGUUAAAACAUUGAAAUCAAAGGAUUGUCUUUGUUUUUCAAGUGUUACUAGUGUUGAAUUGUUUUCAGGUGAAAAAUUUUAUUGUUUGGCCAGUACUGAUUUUGGUUCAAUUAUAAGUAAACCAUUUCAAAUAGCAUUAAAAUCUGAAAAUACAUUUAUUCAUCAGAAACUGGUUUAUUAUUUCGGGAAUAUUGCAAUUCUUCCUUGUAAUUUGGAAAAAAUCUAUCCAUCCGAUCAAAUCUUUUUUACUCUUAACAACACAAGGAUUGCCGUUUCUUCAGUUGAUAAAUACAGGUUGGUGCAGCCCACUGUGACUAGUCAUACUAAAUUAUUAAUACGAAAUUUUAAUUUUGAGGAUCAAGGGUUCUAUCGAUGCGGUCUGUUGGAUACAAAGUUAAAGACCGAACGAUAUGAUCUUAUAACUUAUCACCUUCUAGUUGAUGUCUCUUCCAAUCCUUCAUUAAAAAAUGUUUUAUACAUGAAUUUGGAUGGUAGUCUAUUAGAUAUUGAUGCGGUCAAUGACAUUAGGAAGCCAAUAAAAAUAACUGCUUAUGAAAGUCAGAACAUAACAUUACCUUGCGUAUUCAAUUCUCCACAACCAUAUGUGGCUAAUGUGAGUCGAGUUAUAGGUGUAUCUAGUGGAAAUCAAAAGUUUGACUCUUUAUUUGGCGUUUUAGAUAUAUAUAGUUUGGUAAAGAAUGAUGAAGGAUUGUACUUUUGUACAGCUAACAAUAUUACGUCAUAUGCCUAUCUAAAUGUUCUUCCUUCACCUCAAUUAAUCGUUUAUCCGCAGAAUAUUAAAGCGAAUAUAGGAGAUUAUGUUAAUUUAUCAUGUAUAAGUUCUAUAAUUGAUAUAACACCGACUUGGUAUUUCAACGGAAUUCCUGUUCAAUUUGCAGUGUCUAUAAAUCCAUACCAUACAUCGUUGUUAAUUAAUUCAAUGCAAUUAUCAAAUGUCGGUAUAUAUCAGUGUAUUCUUGAAAAUAAUGUCAAUAAUAUAUGGAUAGAUGGAAUAAGUACAGUUAUUUUACGUGAACAAUCAUUAUUUACAAGAGAUGAAUUCAACUCUGUUUUAUCAAAAGUUACAUUUCCUUUACGUCAUCAUAAGAUUGAUUUAUUUAAGAUGGAAAUCGGUAAUAAAAAACAAUUGACAUGUUUAUCACAGUAUAAUUUAGAUUCAUAUCACCAAAUUGCUGAUGAUAUUACAAAAACUUUGCACAAUUUAUUACCUAUUGGAAAUAGUAAUAGUCUAUCUGAACGUUUAAAUAUUUCAUGUCUUUUAAAUUUGAUUCAUGUAAAAUGGUUGAAAGUUGACAGCUCAAAUUCAUUAUUAUCAAUGAACAGUAAUAUUAAUGAUACUAAUAACCAUAAUAAUAAUGCUUCAAAUCAUAAAUUACAAUGUUCUACACUGUAUAUAAUUGAUAUCAAUGUGACUAGAUCAACUGAUUUUGGUUUAUACAGUUGUAAUAUAUAUUUUGGUGAACAGUUAAUAUAUGAACGUUAUUUCAGACUUAUGGAAUCUGUUAUUUCAUCGUAUUCAUUGAAUAAUGAUUUACAAUUUAACUAUUCGACUAAUAAAUUCACUGAUCUUCAUCACAGAAGCUCUAACAAGAUGGAUAGUUUGUUGCAUAAUGGUCAAGUGACUAAUCCUUUUUAUCGUACGCGUCGUAGUCAAGAACACAUAGUUAAUGAAUGGUCUUCAUCUUCUGAACAUAUCGGUUCACUACCUUUGUUAAAUUUAUCAUUUCCAAGAAGUUCAUAUGAACAUUUAUAUAAACCGAAUGCGACAACUGUUGGUGACAAUUUAGCUGUACUAAUUAGUUGGAAUUCAAUAAACUGUGAUUUUUAUCGUAUUGUUCUCAGAUCACAUAUUCCAGAGUCAGAUGGCCUAUUUGAUCGCUCAACAAUUGAUGAAACAGUAGAAGAAUGCUGUAGUCAUGACAUAGCAUGUUGUUUGAAAAACAAACAUUUCUACUUGACUAAUCGUCAUCCUGGUGAAUUGGUACCAGGUAAAAGUUAUCAAUUUCGUAUAAAUGCUAUUAAACAAAUAAAUAAUGAUGAUCGGUUAGUUGAUAAGAGUCCAUGGUCUGAAACUGUUAGUUUUCAGCAUAUUUCUAAAGUUGCUCCAGUCAUUACAGAAACUGAACGAUUGUCGGAUGGUGGAAUAUUAACUCGUUGGACAUUAGCUAGAUCUGCUGUUGGAUUUCCUAUUGAUCAUUUCCUUCUACUCUAUCGUCCAGAAGAGCGUUCAGCCAAUGGAAGAAUCACUUAUAAUGGAUUUAAAGCAGUUUUCGUUGAUGGAUCUAAUGCUACAGAACACAAGCUACAGGCUUUAGAAUCAGGUAAAGGGUAUCAAAUUGUGGUUUACGGCGUGUAUACACCUCCUGGAUUCGACCCACAAUCGACAAUUUUCACAGGUGGAUUGAAUGGACGAAAAAUUACUCAAUUCAGUCAUGAAGUGUUUGUAAAGCCACGUUCAAUUUCAUUAACUACAAAUGAAAAUUUGGAUAAACACGAUUCAUCAGCUCUACGCUCCAUAGCAAAAUCUCGUGAAUUAUACAAUGCUAAAAAUGUGGUUGCAUUUAAUUCCACCGAAUCAAAUCGAUUAAUGUUCUUAAUUUUUGGUGCUUUAACCGGUGUAAUGCUUUUAAUUAUGAUCUGUUUAGUUGUAUUAUGUGUAUGGCGUCAAAGACGACGUGAUAAACAUUGUUUAAUAAUGAAUAAUUCUACUAAUGGAUGUAAUGUUAUUUCUUGUAAUUCUUCAAUGAAUACAGUUGACAAAAGUUUAAAGAAGACAGAUUUCAGUGGAACUGGUGGGUUUUUACUAGAUAAUUUGAAUGCUGCCAGCUUGAUGACUUCAUCUAUUAAUUCUUGUGGGAAUCAAAUGACUGACGUAAAUGACAGAAAAACUUUACCACAUCAACGUUCUCGACCACCACCUAUGAGUCCUGCACCUCCGCCACCGUCACAUUUACCAACAUCAUCAUUUAAAUAUUUGACUAGGAAUGAAAAUUUCGAGUUAAAAAGUUUGAUGUUAGACAGUGAUAGUAUUUAUAAUCCUCGUCAAUGUAUAGAUAAUAUGUCUGAAUCUGUUUUCGUAACUUCAUCUAAUUACUAUCCGAAUAACCUACCGUCAGCAGUAACAUCUCUUUCAUCUUCUCCUGUGUUUCAUACAAUGAUGAAUUGUAAAGGUCAUAAUGUUGUUGUGAAUAAUUCAUUUCCAAAAUCUCAGUUAUUGACAACGUCAUCGUCAACAAGAACUUCUGUUACUGUUGGAGUAUCUUCCAAUAAGUCUAUCGGUACAGUAAAUCGUUUAGAUAACUUAACCAAUCAUGAAAUGUCAAAUUAUUUACUACAAUCUGCAAUAUUAAAUGGUUUAAAACGUGAACCACCAAGUGGCGGUUCAGUGCAUGACGGUACUGAUGAUGAUGAAUCUAUUUUACCUUGUGACAAAAAUCCAAUAACCAAUCUAUCUGAAUAUCCUCAUUCUACUGAAUUCUGUUCGUAUUCACAUCAGAAUCCCAUUGUAUCUUAUUCUUCACAUCAUAUUGAUGCAAUUAAUAAUAAUGUUCAUGUAAAUAGUAAUGCUGAUGGAACAAAUCCAAUUAUUGUAGUUCCUAAUAGAGAAUUUAAUUUAUGUACUAAUAAUAAUGAAAAAUACCAAUCAAUGCAUCAACAAAUUGAUACACAUUCUAAUCCAACUCAUUGUUAUCAUUGUCAGAAUCAUUGUAAUUCAUGUGAUAAUUCUUGUUCAUCGAAUAUAUUUGUCAAUGUGGACCAUAUGAUGAUGAAUGAAAAUUAUCAUCGUCAACAAUAUCCAUCGAAUAUUAUGUUUACAUCAACUAUACCAAAUUAUGAUCCUGGUCUACUCACUCCACCAUCUCCGGAUAUUGUCAAUGUGAAUGAAGUGCAUGAUGAUAAUAAUAGUAGUAAUAAUCAUAAUUAUAGUAACAACUAUAUAACAAACAUGUACGAUAAUCACCCAUGUCCUAAUAUGGUUCUUCACACUAGACGUCGUCAUCCUCGUUCAAAUUCAUGUAAUUUCACUCAACCGCAACAAUCACUUUCAUCAUUAUUUAUUCACCCUGCAAUGAUUACUAGCUAUAAUAACAAUUCAGAAAAAAACGUGAAAUAUUUCGGCUUGAGUCAAUCAAUCAAUCAUUAUUGUCAUCGUAAUCAUUGUUCAAUUCCUUGUACCAGUAAUUCACAACAGAACUUCAAUCUUUCUUUAUCCAAAUCGUAAUAGACAUCAUAUCAAUAAUUGUUAUCAUCACAGUUUCGUGUCGUUCUUCUUUAUUAUUCUCCUCAGGUUUACUAAUUUCAAUCAAGUUUCAAUCUGGAAAGAAAUGUUUUUUACGUUUCUUUUCUAAUUCAGUUGUUUUCAGGUAUUCAUCUAAUAUUCCUAAGAAAACGAAAGUCAACAUACUCAGGAAAUUUGUAGUCUGUAUCUUUUGUACAUAUUUUUUUUUAAAAAAAACUUCUUCCAUCUUUUAAAAUUGUCAUAGUUUCUUUUUAUCCAAAAGUUGAUCAAAUCUGUUGAAUUUACCAAGCAGUUAUAUACAUAUAAAUAUAAUUACCUUUUAAUUUAUUUAUCAUAAUUGAUUAGAUUUUGCAACCCUUUUUUUUUCUUAAAAAAAAUUAGGAAUCGCUUCUUUUCAUUUGUUUACUUAAUUUUAACUAAAUUUAUCUGUUCCAUUUUUCAUUUAUUCAUCAUAAAUAUAACAACGUAUAUAUAACGAUUAGUAACUUAGGAGGAUACAACAAUGUUUUCUAUAAAAAAAUUUUUCUCUCCUUUUUUUUAUUCUAAAAAAAAAGUCAUUUAUGCUUCUUUUAUUUUUAAAUUUGGUAAAUUGAAGUGUACAGUGUAUAUAUCUAUUUAGUUUAUUGCAAUUAUUAUAUACAUAUGUAUUGUUUAUAUUUUCUAAGUGCAUUUCUUGUUCAAUUCAAAACCAGAAAAUUAUGGUUCAUGCUUUCUUUCUUUUUUUGUUUCGUUUCGUUUUUCCUUUCCCAAAGACAAAAACUUGCUAAUUUCAAGUGUCUUGGUUUGCUUUUUUUUAAAAUUACUAAUUUGUAUGUAAUUUUGUAAAUAAAAUUUCUUUACUAUUGUCUUCUGUUUUUUUUUUCUGUGCUCGAUUAUUUUCUUUCGUGUUAUGUUACGUUCGUAUCAUUUGUGUUUCGAUUUAUCUCUAUAUACUUAUUUGUAAAAACGAGUAUAACUAGUAUAUUCAAUUGAACUUUUUACUCCGUCACUUUGUAUCCUUUUUUAUUGAUCGCAAGUUUUUUCAGCCUUACUGUAAAUAGGCAGUAAGUAUGUUAUAUGUCAUCGCGUCUUGAAAAAUUAACAAAAAACACACAACCUAAAUGAUCGGAAUUAGUUGGAAUGUGUACUUGUAUAAUAAUGAAUAGAUAGCUCAGUUGCUUUUUAGUCGAUCGUUCUUUUUUAAUAAUCUUAUUUAGAUUAUAAUAUGUAGAGUAAGUUGGUUGUUCGUUCUCGUUGUCCAAGUACCCUAGC